AUGUUGGUCCCAGUUAUCAUUUUCCUGGCUUCACUUCUUUCGUUCGCUGUAAAAGAUGCUAUGGCAUCACCAGUGGUACACGGUCUCAAAGACGAUGACCAGAAUUCAACUGUCGCGGAAUGUGAUGCGUGCAUGGCAGGCAUGGAUUUAGUGUACUACAUCAUAACUGAUAAGUAUUGGGUAGAUACAUACAUCAUAAUGGGCAAACAGCUGUGUCAAACACUUCCUCCUGGAAAUUUCCGGAACACUUGCCUAACUUACGUCGAUGUGUAUUUUCCACACGCGUUGAAGGCGAUGGCUCUUGCAAUCCAACCUCACUUCAUUUGUAAGAUGCUUGAAGCUUGCGAUUCGGCUCAGUCGGUUGUGUUCAAACCACGACUCCUUGGUGACAACAUAUUCUGUGAAGAAUGUAAAUAUGUUUAUAUGUUACUUCAAAGCUGGUUAAGUGAUAAACAACAAACUAAAAAUGCAAUGUUCACAAUUAAACAAAUGUGUUUACUUUUUGCCGAAGAUGAAAAUAAGUGUAAUCACGUACUUAAAGGGUAUUAUGAUGACUUUAGACAAUAUUUUCAAAAUAACAGAGUAGAUCAGACGUGCGGUAAACUCUGCAUUUUCGCAAGCUAA